CAACAAAAUGUCCGACUCUCUCCAGCUGUAAAGAGUUGUAAUGAUAAUUCGUGCGAAAUUUCGGUUUCCUCUCCUUUGUGCUACAUGAAACUUGUACAAGUCGGCCUCCUUGGUGGCUGAGGGGAGGCAUCGUGCCUGAGGAGGACGAUCAUGGCGGAGGACGCUGCGCUGGCCCGUCUGAGGCGCUUCCUCUACACGGGGCUCGAGGGCAACCGCUACCAGCCGGGUCGGAGGGACUUCUCUGCUGAGUCUGUGCAGAGCGUGCCGUCGCUGCUCGCCGACAAGAGGGGCGUCGAGGUGGUGAAGGAGGUGCUCUGCUUCGCCAAGGGAGAGCCUAAGACGCUGUGCCCGGACGCCUUGGCCUACGUACUGGCACUCUGCGCUGCGUCGGAUGACGCAGCCACCAAGACGGCUGCCUACAGGGCUUUCAAAGAGGUGUGCUCGAGCCCCACGCAGCUGUUUGCCGUGACGCGCUUCCUGGAGUCUGUGAGCCAGGGCACGGGCUGGGGCCGUGCCCACCGCAAUGCAGUGGCUGCCUGGUACACCCGGCGCAAGCCCCGGGAGCUGGCUGCCCAGGUCACCAAGGUGGUGUGCAGGCACCGCUGGACCCACCAGGACGUCAUCCGGCUGGCUCACGUGCGGCCACCGGCUUCCAACCUGGGGGUGUCCCUAGUGCUGCGCUACCUGACCAAGGGGUUCCAGGCGGCGGAGGAGUACCUGGCGGAAGAGCGGGCCAAAGGGGUCGUCAACCCAGAGGCGGCAGAGGUGCUGGCCUACCUGAGGGGAGUGCACGAGGUGAAGCGCACCUCGGACGAGCAGACGGCCGCCAGGCUUGUGGAGAUGCACGACCUGGCUCUCGAGCAUGUCCCCACCCACUUCCUCAAGUCCAAAGAGAUGUGGGUGUGCCUGGUACCCCGGCUGCCCCUGCGCCUCCUGCUGGAGCAGCUUCCCCGCCUGGCUCGGGGAGGCCUGCUGCGGGGGGGCUGCCUGGUGAGGCCCCUGCUGGAGCGGCUGCAGUCGGACAACUCCCUGGCGGACAGCGGCUGCCCGCUGGGGCCCCUCGAGACCUACGCCCUGGGGCGUUGCCUGGAGGGCUGCUCCUCCGCCCCCGGGGCGGGGCCCUCAACCCAGCACAGCAGGGGCGGUGCCCACACAGGGGGCAAGAGGGGACACCGCCACCACCGUUCCCAGCUGGAGGACGUGCUUGCGUCCCUGCACGUCUCUUCCUUUAAGACGCUGCCAACGACGGGCAAGCGGUACCUUGUGGCAGUGGACGUGCGUAGCCCCAUGGCGCACGGCCGCACAGUGGGGCUGGGGGCCCUCACCCCGGCCGAGGCCUCGGGGCUUCUUCUCCAGGCGCUGGCACGUGCCGAGACCGGUGUCACGGCCCUGGCCUUCUCAGCACGCGGGCUCGUCGACAUGGAGAUCAACAACAAGAUGACCCUCUCCGACAUCAGCCGCAGGAUGCGCGAGACGCCCAUGGGCCCGGUGAACGUGUCACUUCCCUUGCGCUGGGCCCGAGAGCAGAAGCGUCCAUUCGACCUGUUCCUGGUGUGCACGGACAACCAGACACAGGCAUGGGACGUGCAUCCCGCAGAGGCCCUCAAGGAGUACCGAGAGGCCCUGAACCUCCCACAGGCACAGCUCGUCACGUGUGCCAUGUGCAGCCAUGGCUUCUCGCUUGCUCCUCCCGACGAGUUUGGAAUGUUGGACAUUGCGGGCUUUGACACAAAUGUCCUGCGCAUCAUCCAAGAUUUUGCCUCGGGCCUCUUCUGAGGGCGGCCCUGGAACGCCACUCUCCCAGGUUCCCAAUCACAGCCUUAUUUGUUAUUUUCAAGAGGAUGUACAACUUGUGCAUGGCCCAUGUCGUUCUCUUUACACACGUGUCGCUAAAGUCACUGUAGAUGGUCCCGAAGGAAGCAGAGUAUCGCAAACUUAGAACGCCAUUUCUCAACGACUAGUGAUGAACAGCACCGCGGCUCCAGCUCUGCUCGCAUAUGCACAGAGAACAGAAGAAAACCACACUUUGCUUGCUUACUAGACAGCCUGCAGUAUAAAAACUGUCGGUAACAUUGCAUGCAUGCUUCACGAAAACGCGCUCAUUUGUUUCGAGCUUUGGACAGGCUCUUAAUCAUAGUAUCUAACUGGGAAUAACCUGAGGGGCUCUGAUUGUGCGGACGUUAGGCAGCCAGCUUACGCCUUCACUUCUCAGCAUGCUCAAGGUUGCCCUAACGAUGCGAAACCUUCCGUUCAUGUGACUAGCUUUAACCAAGCCAGCCUGCUUCUUUCUCACGGGACAAAUGUAGUCUGCUACCUAGUUCUUUCCCCCGGAAAUUUUUGGCGAGUACUCAAUUUCUGCCAAACCUUUUAUUGUUCUACCAUCUUUGUGUAAAGGUUAUCUAGAGAAGCGUAGGGGCUGCUUCAUAAUUUUAGUUGCCUAUUCUGCCUACGUCCUGUUCAUCUCGGUACAUUCUUUUGCUAGAGCAUUCCUAGCAAGCAAAAUCUGGGGCCUUUUACGAGAGGGGGCAGGAGAGGGAAUCAUAUGACCAGCACCAGCUGCUCUGAAAACCCUGGCACUCUCUUUGUUGCCAUAGUUUGUGGACAAAAGGAAUGCACUACUCUGCUCCCUUUGGGAGCUUGCACAGUGGCACUAUGUAUCGCCAGCCUAAUUUUUUAUGCUGGAUUGGACGUUCUCGAGUAAAAUUUUAAUCAAAUCUACCCAGCAAGUAGGCCACCAUUGGUGAGUGAAACAUUGCAAAAGCAAAAAAAUAUAUUUCAGGUACCCAGAAAGGUUCUUUGUAACUGUAAAAACAAUGUGUUGUGUCAGUAGAUCUCGGGGCAGGCAGAAGUUUUCAGGUGCAUCUUUCCAGGGUUUUUAUAGAACCUGGACACUUAAGGGCGCUGAUACAAAACUCCAUUUUGUAUUAUUGUUUUAUAAUCAAAUAUUAAAUCAAACUCAACUUUUGCUCGUCAAUUAGAGAAAAAAAAAAAUUAAAUCUGAGAACAUCCAACCGUAUUUGCAGAGUAGAUGCGUUUGAUUCCGAACGCUUCUCUCUGUGGUUGCAACACAAAUGUUGGCGCUCGUGCUUCUGAAGUAGUAAUGUUGAGACGUUUUAUGCAUGCCAUAAUUAUUUGCUAGAUAAGAUGGUUCUGUAGGUGACGAGGAAUGUUGUUACUGUGGGGCCAGAUUAACCUUGGUGGUGGUGAUGAUUCAGUGCCCUUUUUAGUGUGUUUAUCACGUCGUGCAAAUUGUGGAUACACUUUGAACAUAGCUGCUGUUUUUAAACCCCUCUGGCCAAAUGUUUCGGCGGUUUGUUUUUAUGUUAGGGUACUACGGCAUCAGUGUUUGGUGUACUGUUAGGCCAUUAUACUAUAGUAGUUUUCCUGUUCUUCAUUUGAAUGAGAAACAGCUGUCUUUCAUGGCGAUUUAAACAAGUGUUGCCUUCCAGCAUGAUCCUAACACCUAUAAGCAUUUUUAAUUUUAUUUUUUUAUGACAUUCUGCUACAAAUAGCACUACUAUAUACCAUGUACUAGUGCCACGUGACGUCCCAUUUGUAGCCGCACAACGUAGCAAAACGUUAUAGCACAAUGUUUAUCGAGGAGAUUGUUUUUAGCCUCUCCACAUUACCCAAACACAGGCCUACUUACUGUUGUUUGUCCUCUAUACAGACAAUACCAGUUCGAUUUUAGCAUAGCAACCAUCGACGAACCUCAUGCCAAAAAUUCUUCCCUUCCAAGCGCUUCAACAACUUUUAAUUUAACUAUAGGUCCUUCUGUCGUCUCCAUACAUUUUUAAAUGUUGAGUCCUAAUGUCUUUGACAUGGUAUCAAAUAGAGUUUUUUUUUUUUUUUUUUUUUUCUUUCUUUUUUCUGGUGGUAUUAAGGAGGCCUGUUGCAUGUAAAUAGUAAUAGACACUUUGGAUGCCUUCCUACAAUUUGGCUUCGCUAAGCUGACCAAAGAGACAUAUGUACUAUCUCGGUGUCGUAUAUAUACUAGAGUACCUAUGCUGGUUUUACACAAGGUAAUGGGGGUAGCCACUGCGUCGGCGAAAUUGCCUCGGAGUGGUUACUUUUCUUAUUUAUUCUAUUUAUAAUCGUGUUUCAGAGCUUAAAGGUGAUGCAUUGUAUGUGAUGAAUGUGCACCGAUCAACUGCUUGUGUCUGUCCUCUGUCCGCUGUGGAGCACAAAGGUGCAUGGUUUAUUGAAGAUUUGGUGACAAGAGUUUUACAGGAAUCAGAUUCAGUGGAAAACUGAAAGUUGCUAUACUUUCUUUAUUGCAUUGAGUGCACAGACAUGACUUGUGUGAAUGAGAUUUUGCAGGAGAGACUUAGGCGUAGCUUGUGACAGGCGUUUUCAUUUAUGACUGCAAGUUAGGGAAACUGCAUGGCGAGCCCUGUCUCGCUCUAUGUUAUUUUAGGCCUCUUAUGUAACUAGUGCACUGUCUUCUACAAGAUCUGGUUAUGCAUGUUACUUCUUCCAUAUACUAGUUCAUUUUUAUUUCUAUUGCUGAGGCGUGUAGUAAAUCUCGAUAACUCUAGGUGGUUAUCUUCUGGAGCCAUGGUUACUUUUUACUUUUGUGUAAAAGGUUAACAUUUGGUUCACUUCUGGGUUCACAUUUGGAAAAAGGUUGAGCUAACGGGGUAAAGACACGCAUAUCCGUGUUUACGGUGUUUCACGAGCUCGCAGUCGGAGCUUGCGACGUAGCACGUUUUCGUUUGUCAAGGGUAGUUUGCCUUAGCACUGCAAUAGUUUACUCAAAGGUUCAUGGUCAUGUAUUCAGCUCUGUAUUCAUUCAAGGUUGUAGUGAAUUUUUAGUUAAUGUAUUUUGUAUGUAAUGCAUGCUAAUAUCGUGAUGGACCGAGGGCCGUCAAUUAUCUCGAGGCAGCAUCCCAAAUGGAAACAAUUGUACUGCAGCCUCUCUCUGUAUGCUAGGUAUGCCCACUUUUCUCAAUUUUGCUUCAUCUGGUUCCUUGAGCACUUAGCGAUACUGCAUUUGAUUGCCCCAACAUUAUUUUACCAAAUAAAGCCUAGUGCUUGCUUAUGCUCGUGCAGUUUGAACUGCUGCCCAAGUUCGUGAAACCAUUGGUGAAACCCACUCAAGAUAGUCUUUAACAAAAACUAAGUCAGCACCAACACAUCGGGGACAAAGCAGAAAAAGUGGUUGAAACAGGUGCUGUCAACAUCUGAAUUCUCCCCAAACACAUUGGAACGUUCAUGUAAUACCAAACAUUAAAAAAGAAGGCAGCUUUACAAUCUGCUAGGUAUGUGGGAAUGUUUCGACCUUUUAAAUGUUGACUAUCAAUUUUCAGUUUAAUGUUCUGCAGUUUACAAGUGUGUUGCCCUAUAUAUAUAUAUAUAAGUAAAAGGCAUAGGCCCGGUCACAAAGAGUGAAACAUUUGUAUUUGCCUUAACGAGUGUCAUUAAUGUUUGCUUUCUAUUGAAUACAAUUGCUAAAUCAUUUAUAUGCUCAGCCACAAGCUGCUGUGUGGUUUGUCUCUUGAAUGCUCUUCCGCUUAUACAUUGGUUAAAAGGAGAACUUUAAGGUAAAAUCUAUAGAGUAAUAUAGCAGCCAUGUUUUUAUAGUAUGUGUGAUAAAUGAAUAGGCCCCUUUUGCAAACCCACAUGAGAAAAAACUUUAGGAUAUGGGUGUCAUUUUGUGGAAACUUCUUGGAUUCACAUCUUUGCUCAGCAUGUGUAUUAAACAGAAUUGUCACAUGUAUUCACACCUACAAAAGUGCUUCUGCUGAACUGUUUUCCCAGGAACAAUAACCGAAACAACUUCUGUGGAACAUUGGCUUAGUCGGAUUUGUGCUGCACCUUCGACUGUUUUGAAAUAGACCACUGUAUUAAGCUCAGUGUUGACACAAUUAAGUAGUUAUAAGUAGGGUUCUGCAUUUUCAGGGUUCCUUGCUCUUUGAAUUCCGGAGUGUGUUUUGCAAUGUUAAUUUUUUUCCCACCAGUCUUUUCUUUUUUUUUUCUUUUGCGUCUACUUUUGGUGUUGGACAAAAUUACGGCAUUCAUUGGGCUGUUACUGAUACGCGAAGUAAACCAGAUAAGAGGUGCAGUUUCCAAAGAAAAAACCAGCCUCGGGGACAUUCCAGUGGGGGACAUUUUUCGGGGUGAACACAAAAUAGAGCUCUACAUAAAGAUUUCCUCCCAUGAAGCUUGCUUUUUCUUUUCUUUUUUUACAGCGUCAGCCAUAUUGAGUUUUGUACUGGCCAAGCCUCGUGUUGCCAAAAACGAACAGAGCAUACAAACGCUUGUCGCAGUUGGCUUUGGUGCCAGGAGAGCGUGCCAUCUGCUCUUUUUCGCUUUCGGUCACCCGUUUGCUUGCCGCUCAGUCUCACCCUGGCUGUUGGCAUGGAACGCAUUAGCUGUUCUGUGUGUGAUUGAUUGUGAUUUACGUGAGACCUAGUGUCUUUGCUGGUGGCUCACCACAAGGUUCUUCAGUCAUUGUACCCGGACACUGAACUGACUGCCUUCAAAAUGUGUGCUACGUGCCUACGCAGUGUUCGUGCUGGGAGGAUUCUGAAACUCGCCACAUACUAUGGGUACGCAUACCCGCCCAUGCCAGAGAAUCUGCCUCAAUUGGAUCUCAUAGUUGCUCGGUGCACUAAGCCUUUCGCGCAAUGCUGAGCCAGCCGAAGCAUACGCCGGAGCAAGCAGAAGCUGCUCUAUGGCAUAAACACACCCGUGAGAGAGAAUGUUGCCAAUGUGUAGGUGCCAGCUGGUGCUGUCCGUUUGCAUCACGUCAUGUGAACAUCCGUGCAGUUUUUUAGAGCGCAGCUCUUGGGUGCCCAUUUCGCGGUGUCGCCGUCGGCUUAAUUGUUCCGCUAAAUUUAGUGGGAAAUUGAAUUGGUGUUGUUGUCACGUGACGUCAAUUUUCCCGCUAAAUCUAGCAGAGGAACUGAAUUUGAUCAUGGGUGACGUCAUGUCAUGUGACGUCAUUUUCCCUGCUAAAUUUAGCGGGGAAACUGAAUUGGUGUUGCAGUCACGUGACGUCAAUUUCUCCGCUAAGUUGAGCGGGUUAAGGAGGAGGAGGGCGGGGUAUGGAGCGACAUACCCUCCCCUCCUCCUGCACUCUAAUUUCACAUUACGGAGAUUUGUAAACGUCUCAUUUUUUUUAUUUGACGACAGCUUUAAGGUUUUUUGGUUUUUCCUGAUUUCGAUAAAACAGGCUCGGGGGUUACUUUUCUAUGCUUAUCAGUAUGUAGUGGAAAUGCAGAACCCUAGUUAUAAGUCAACUAUCAACAAGGCUGUUAAAACAAAAAUGAAAUCAUCCAGUACGAGUCCAUCCAUUCUCCCCAUUGCUGUUUCAAUGUGAAGUAAUCCUCUGAAAUUAUGCAAAAUAAAGGUGAUCUCAUGACAUGAA